UUAGGCUGCGUUCGAGAACGUCAUCCGUGUGAUGUUCUCGAACACGCGGCCCUGAUUGUACAGUGUUGUUUAUGAUCGUAUGUAUUUAUAACUCGGUGCCGGUUGAAUUAUAAAGAAAAAGAAGAAGAAUAUUACAACUAUAUUAAAAUGGAAUCCAGCAAAUCUGAAUCUACGCAAAAACCGACUAUGGUAUAUAUUUGCGGAGAAUGCCAUCACGAUAAUGAGAUACGAUCCAGAGAUCCUAUUCGAUGCAGGGAAUGUGGAUAUCGAAUUAUGUACAAAAAGCGCACUAAAAGACUUGUUGUGUUUGAUGCACGAUAAGCACAAUAAGCAAGUAACAAACAAUGUACAAUGUGAUUUGUGAAUUUAUAACUAUUUUAAUGUAAAAUAUGUAUUAUCUUGUAUGUUAAGGGUUGCUUAAUUUUUAAUAAAUAAUACAGUUUUAUCGCAAA